AAUCAUUCCCCAGUGAAUGACAAAAAAAAACCUAAACAAAAACAGCCCACAACCGACCGACCGUCACAUCAAAAUCCAGAAUAUAUAUCCAAAUCAUUUUUAUUAUUUUUUGCGAGUUGCAUUAGAAAUUUGCAAGUUUUGAAUUUACACAACAAAAUGCCAACAGGUGAUACAGUUAGGGGCGGUGAACGCGGUGCUGGAUGCGAACAGUCUAACUACAAAUUAUACGAGCAUCGUGAAUCUCAGGCCACAGCUAUGACGGUGGAUUACACCGGAAAAUUUUGUCUUCUAGCAGGACGUCGUCAUUUAGCUUUACAAAAAUUGGGUGAUGAUUCUGCCGAAGUCUGUUUACGAAAAUAUAAUACAAAUUCCAAAUAUGAAGUGUCAGCGGCAGAGUUUGCUAUUUGUCCGGAAAGCAAAGAGUCAUGUGCCAUAGCUACUAGUCAACAUAUUGAUGUUGUCACCUGGGGAGCUGCUGAGCCUCGAUAUAUUCAUUUUUUGCGAGGCCACACGCGUAUGGUGACAGAUAUCGAUUGGCAUGGCAAAAAUCCAAACCUAUUGGUUAGUUGUUCCAUUGAUACAUUUUCUCAUAUUUGGGACCUAAGAGACUCCAGGAAGCCCACAUUGUCAUUCAGUGCCGUUUGUAUGUCGGGAGCCACUCAAGUUGGAUUUAACAGAGUGUCUGGAAAUUUACUGGCUGCCGCCCACGAUGGAGAUCUACGAAUUUGGGAUAUACGCAAAGGAUCUUGUCCUAUUCACUAUAUUACGGCACACCAAAAUAGGGUGCACGGUAUCAAUUGGAGUCAUCGUAGAGAAACGUGUUUGGCCACAGCUAGCCAAGAUGGAACGGUGAAGUACUUCGACAUAAACAAUCCCAGAAGAGCCGAAAAAAUAAUCACUACAAACUCACCAGUGUGGAGGGCUCGUUAUACGCCUAUCGGGAAUGGCCUGGUAAGCAUAGUAGUACCUCAUUUGGGCCGUGGAGACAACAGCUUACUUCUUUGGAGUAACAGUAAACAAAAUGACCCAGUCUGCUCUUUUGUGGGACACACUGAUGUUAUAUUGGAUUUUGCAUGGCGACCGAAUCGGGAAAACCAAACGGAAAUUGAAUUAGUUACCUGGUCACGUGAUCGUACAUUGCGUGUGUGGAAAAUUGAUGAUAAAAUGUUAAAGCAGUGUGAACCCGAGAAUGACUUAAAUGAAAAUUAUGAAUCCGAAUCCAGAGUAGAAACACCUUCAAAAUUUCAGCCAAUCUACUCAUCAUCUUUCCAGAAAACACCAGCUAUACGCACGCUACCAGUAGCUGUCUCCUUACCUACUGAAUCACUUGAGGUUGCACACAAUGUUCAGAUGUCGCGCUCGCCUCCUUUAAUAACGCGAACAUCUAUUCAUAGGCACAGAGAGGAAACUACGGUGGCUCGUUCACUAACGGAUCAACCAACGUGCUCCCUUCACCACGAAUUUUCACUGUUGAAUACGAAUAUGCCACAUGUUGAAGUCGACACCCUGGAUGCAAUCAAACGUUUUGCAAUUUUCAAUAUUUCUGCUGGCGGACACGUUAUUGUAUUGCAAAUAAAAUUUCCAACUGAGUAUCCGAGUCCAAAUAAUUAUCCAGAUUUCAACUUUUGCCAAGGUACCACGAUGCACGAUCAAUUGUCGAGGUUGAUGUUAAAGGUUUUAAAAACCAAUGCUGUGCAACGUGUCAAGAAAUCACGUACAUGUUUGGAACAAUGUUUGAGGGCAUUGGUCGCAGCAAUGAAAAAGUCUGGCGGUGGUUCCGAAAAAUCCCAACUCCGGCUGCAAUCUCCUCGACUGGAGGGAGCACUAAGCGGCGCGUUACAUGAUGCGUGCAUUCCUUUUCCAAGGACAUCAGCAGCGACGUUUAAUGCUGUAGGCAUACUCUGUAGUUUCACACAAAUCUUGAACACAAAAAGAUUAACACUACGUCACCAAAAUAUCACUCCAAGAACUCUUUCGGCCAUUAAUGGAGGCGGUCUAUUGGGUAACGUCAUGGGGCCGCAGCCUGUUCUAUAUACACAUCGCGAUUCGAAUGCUUCAUUUUAUCUACAGGAUCGUAUGAGUUCCAAGCACUCAAAAAAUCGAUCUAUUCAAAAAGUGCACCAUUCCACGGCAAUUGUUCAUAUUUACGAAUGCAGUAAAUUACUUUAUCUUAAUCAAGCUAUGGCCAAUGAAUACUCAUUAGACAAACGAGAUAUAAUGGCAACAUGUCGAAAAAACCGCAGUAUUUGCGAAAAUCAAGGCCGUUACGACCUUUUGCCCAUAUGGACUAUGGCUGAAAUGAUCGCUACGCCAAACGUGCCAUCAAGUGAAACAAAGUUAAUCAAAUCUCUUUUGAACGAGGAUCCUUUCAAAAAGGCUCUGUUAGAUGCCCUUAUCUUGCAUUUCGCUGCAGCAGGAGAUCUGCAGACGUCUGUCAUGUUGUCUUGUUUGUUUCAUCCUGCCGGCUUCAGUGGCUCUCAUUGUGGGGGUGCUGGAGGUUCCUGUGUGGGAGGAAACCUACAUUGCAAACUACCAAUACUAACUCCGAACACUUCCCCUUAUCACACAGUUCUUCCUGUUGACACACAUUCUUCUACUAAGUCGGGCUUAGGAUCCAUACAAUUACGAAGCAACUCGUGGUCCGAUUCAUUAGAUUGCAUGGAUGGUAAAUUUUCAAACAGUGAACUGUGCGCAUCUUCGUUAAUACGUCGCUGUAGAAUGCCUCUAUUUGACAAUUUCAAGAGAAUAUAUGCGGAAAUUUUAUAUGGCUGGCAUUUAUUGAACAUUCGGUCGUUGAUUCUUAAGCAUACCCUGUUUACCAAAUGUCCACCACAAGGAGUUGAAUUUGUAUGCGAAUGUUCCGGAUGCAAUAAAACAAAGAGAACAUCAGCAUGUUCCUCCUGUCAGCGACCUGUUCUUUUUUGCGCCCUUUGUCGCAUACCUGUGAAAGGCGCUGCAAAUGCCUGUCUGGCAUGUGGCCAUGGCGGUCAUUUGAUGCAUAUGAAACAAUGGUUCCAGAAACAUAAUGUGUGCGCCACAGGUUGCGGUUGCCAAUGUUUACAGCAAACCGCUAACAUGGAAAUACGGGCAUGGCAGUUAUUUUUAUGAUAUAAAAAUUGAAAACAAUAUAAUGCAUCACAUUUUCGACAAUAAUACAACUUUUUAUAUUAA